GGAUAAGCUGCGGGACACAGGCUGGGACGUGACGUGAAUGAGAGAAGCUCCCGGAGCUGGAAAUGCGGCCAAACGGAAUGGGAUGCUUCUGGUUGUUCGUGCUAAGCCUCUUUUCCCCAGGUGGAGCAAAUAUCACUGAGCUGACUGGGAUGUUUGGGCAGAUUCAGUCUCCCAAUUACCCAGAAGGUUAUCCGAGUGAUUUAGACGUGACCUGGAAUAUAACAGUGCCCACUGGAUUCCGAAUCAAGCUCUACUUCAUGCAUUUUGACGUGGAGCCCUCCUAUCUCUGUGAAUACGACUAUGUGAAGGUCUCGUCUGAUGAUGAUUUGCUGGAAACAUUCUGUGGUAGAGAGAGUACUGACACUGAGCAAAUCCCAGGCCGAGAGUUUGUCCUGACUAACAGCAAUACCAUGACUGUCACAUUCAAGACAGACUUUUCCAACGAGGAGCGUUUCACCGGCUUUGAAGCUCACUAUUCUGCCAUUGAUGUCGACGAGUGUGUGGAGAAAUUGGAUGAAGCGUUGGUUUGUGACCAUUUCUGUCACAAUUACAUCGGCGGGUAUUAUUGUUCCUGCAGAUACAGCUAUAUUCUUCAUUCAGAUAAUCGGACUUGCAAAGUUGAGUGUAGUGACAACGUGUUCACUGAAAAGUCAGGAGUCAUCAGCAGUCCCGACUAUCCCAAUCCAUACCCCAAAAGCUCCGACUGCCUGUACCGUAUUGAGCUGGAGGAAGGGUAUGCCAUCUCUUUACAGUUUGCUGACAUCUUUGAUCUAGAAGAUCACCCGGAUAUUCUUUGUCCGUAUGAUUAUCUGAAGAUUAAAACUGGAGUGAUGGAAUUUGGUCCUUUCUGUGGGGACAAAAGUCCUGGAAAGAUCGAUACAAACAGCAGCACUGUUCAGAUUCUGUUUCACAGUGACGACUCAAGUGAUAACCAAGGCUGGAAAUUUACAUUCACAUCAAUCGGAGCUCCUUGCCCUGUCGUCCAUCCUCCUGCAAAUGGCACAAUUGAACCUGUCCAGGAGAAAUACUCAUUUAAAGAUCAAGUCCAGAUCAGAUGCAAUACUGGAUUUAAAUUUGUGAAGGGUGGUGAUGAGGUGGAAGCCUAUCAGAUCGAAUGCCAGAAAUCCGGAAUUUGGAGUAGCAGCAUUCCCACGUGUAAAGUUAUAGACUGUGGGACACCACGAUCUCUAGAGGACGGAUUCAUCACAUUCCACACAAAAGACAACCUAACAAUGUUUGGGAGUCAUAUUGAAUAUUCAUGCCUGGCCUUAUAUUAUCAGAUGGAGCCAGAGCUAAACACUACAUACACCUGUAUGGAGAAUGGGUUCUGGGUCAAUGAUGAGCUGGGCACAGAUCUCCCUACCUGUCAGCCAGUGUGUGGGAAACCAAGAAUAAGAAGGUCAUCAAUCCAGCCUAAAAUAGCACAAGGGAAAGUCGUGUCAAAAGGAUCAUCGCCCUGGGUUGCAAUGUUGUCAAAGAAUGGGAUUCCUUUCUGUGGAGGCUCUUUACUUGGGAGGCAGAAAACAUUGAGAAAAGAAGAAACAGAACAAAUGUUUCGUGCUAAAAGAAUUAUCUCUCACCCCAGUUACAAUGGCUCAACCUUUGAAUUUGACAUUGCGUUGUUGGAACUCCCAAGUAAAGUGAUGAUAACAGACUAUGUGAUGCCAAUCUGUCUUCCAAAGAACUCCUUCUCAACUUUAUAUACAGCCAACGACACAUAGGGAGAGGAGAAAAGGCGGGCGAUCCUCCUAUCAAGAUAUGGUCGUAAAACAUACGGCCUAAUUCAUGGCCUAACAGCAGCCAACACCCCAGAUUCCAAGAGUUUGGAUGAGUUGGUAAAUCUUGUGAAAAGCCACUUUCAGCCAAAAGUGUAGCAUUUUAAAUUUAAUUUGAGGUGUCUCGCCCCUGGAGAGACAGUUGCUUGCUAAGUAGCAGCCUUAAAACAACUGACAGAGCACUGUAAGUUUGGGAUGUCGAUUAACAAAAUGUUAAGACACUGAUUAGUAUGUGGGAUUAAAAAAGAUGCAAAGAAACAAAAAAGGUUUUUGUCAGAAACAAAUUUAGGCUUCAGCAGGGGCUGGAGUUGGUGCCGCAAUGGAGAUGCAGCCAGGGACUCAGAAGCAAUCAAGGGAGCACAAAAUGGGGCCAUCUUUCACGUCAGGAGGGAAGCACCGGUUAGAAAUGGAAGUGCGGGGCUCCCGAGAAAGGAGCCACCAUUCACAGACCAGCAAAAAACAAUUGUUUAAUGGAUAAAACCCACAUUAAAUAUGGCAGAAAUGGAAAUAGACAGCCUGCAAGUGAGCGACAAUUUAAAAGAACCAAGCAUUCCUACUGCCAUCGUAAUGGGCACAUUAUGCGAUAUUGUAAAGACAGAUUAAGACAAAACUUUAAGCAGAAAGGUAGAAAUCGCAAAAUCCACAUAAUGGAGGAACCAGAAGAAACAGAGUCAGAUAUUUACUCACUACACAAUUUAAAAAUGGGUGAAACCGAGCCAAUCUACAUGACAGUGAAAGUCAAUAGGAAACCUACCCGAAUGGAGAUGGAUACAGGGGCAUCCAUGACAGUUAUAGGGGAACAUAUGUUCAAAUGUCUGAAUGGAGGGGACCGCUCAUUAAAUCUGGAAAAUUCAGAUGCUAAAUUAAAGACGUAUUCUGGUGAAGACAUACGAGUAAGAGGUACAUGCAAGGUUCCAGUACAGUAUGGAAAGCAGUCUGUUAAUUUACCCCUGAUAGGGGUAGCACGGGAGGGUCCACGUCUACUUGGACGGAACUGGCUUAUGGAAAUAAAGUUGAAGUGAAUCGAGAUUUUUCAAUUCAGAAUGAAAGAUCUGCAAGAAUUAUUACAGAAAUAUGCUUCAAUUUUUAGGGAAGAGCUCGAGAAGAUUCAGGGGCUGCAAACUAAAAUCCACGUUGAUCCUGGAGCAACCCCCAGAUUUCUGAAGGCGAAGCUAGUCUACUAUGCAUUACAAGAAAAAGUUAAUAUUGAAUUAGACAACAUAACAGUCACAGGUCAGAUAAUUAGGAGACACGUAGAUCACCUCAGGAAAAGGGAAACAGAUCUACAAGAAAUGAUGCGCUAAGCAUUCCUGUUGGGAGUCUACACCACAGGUAGAAAGAACUCCCCUUUCUUUGGAAGUACCUGUAAGAUCCAUUGAGCCUGAGACAGUGGAAGAGACAAACUUAUAGAUUCCUACUGGAGAGCUUAGUGGACAGAUGACUCCUCAGAGGGAGGCCUCAGAUAAACCAUCCAAAGUCAUAGAACUAUGACAUUCAACACGUUUGAAGAAGCCCCCAGAGAGACUGAAUUUGUAAAUAGUUUACUUAUGUAAACAGUUGAUAUAUUGUAACGAUUGUAAAUUGUGCUUUCGAGUAAAGGGGGAGGGAUGUGGUAAUUUGAGAUGCAAUACACCUUUAAGAGAAUGUGAGCAGAUUGAUUACGUGACUAUUAUCUAAUUGCUGUGUAGCGCGGUCUACAAUGUACAUCGAUAGUUUAGAAUAGGGUCUGGUUGGAGACACACAUCAUGUUGGUGCUCUGUUAUCUGUGUAAAUAAACAGUAUGUGCUUCAUCUUA